AGCUCUCAUUUGGAAGACAGUGAAUCAGCAGCGUUACUUUGCUGUGAAUGCGAAGAACCAGAAAUCUUUAGUGAUUCCAAUGAGGCAGACAGUGGGGAGGAAGAAUGCCGGUCACAGCCCCGGAGCAUCAGCGAGAGCUUUUUAACUGUCAAAGGUGCUGCUCUUUUUCUGCCGCGGGGAAAUGGCUCAUCUACACCAAGAAUCAGCCACAGACGCAACAAGCAUGCAGGCGAUCUCCAGCAGCACCUCCAAGCAAUGUUCAUACUACUCCGCCCGGAAGACAACAUCAGACUGGCUGUGAGACUGGAAAGUACUUACCAGAAUCGAACUCGCUAUAUGGUAGUGGUUUCAACUAACGGUAGACAAGACACUGAAGAAAGCAUUGUCCUUGGAAUGGAUUUCUCCUCUAAUGACAGUAGCACUUGUACCAUGGGCUUAGUCCUGCCUCUCUGGAGUGACACUCUCAUUCAUUUGGAUGGUGAUGGUGGGUUCAGCGUUUCAACAGAUAACAGAGUUCACAUUUUCAAACCUGUGUCUGUGCAGGCAAUGUGGUCUGCGCUGCAGAGUUUACACAAGGCCUGCGAAGUGGCCAGAGUGCAUAACUACUACCCAGGCAGCCUGUUUCUCACCUGGGUGAGUUAUUAUGAGAGCCAUAUCAACUCAGACCAAUCUUCAGUCAAUGAGUGGAAUGCUAUGCAGGACGUGCAGUCCCACCGGCCGGACUCUCCAGCCCUCUUCACAGACAUACCAACUGAACGUGAGCGAACAGAAAGAUUAAUUAAAACCAAAUUAAGGGAGAUAAUGAUGCAGAAGGAUUUAGAGAACAUCACAUCCAAAGAGAUACGAACAGAGUUGGAAAUGCAGAUGGUGUGCAACUUGCGGGAAUUCAAGGAAUUUAUAGAUAAUGAAAUGAUAGUGAUCCUUGGUCAGAUGGAUAGUCCUACACAGAUAUUUGAGCAUGUGUUCCUGGGCUCAGAAUGGAAUGCCUCCAACUUAGAGGACUUACAGAACCGAGGGGUGCGGUAUAUCUUGAAUGUCACUCGAGAGAUAGAUAACUUCUUCCCAGGAGUCUUUGAGUAUCAUAACAUCCGGGUAUAUGAUGAAGAAGCAACAGAUCUCCUGGCCUACUGGAAUGACACUUACAAAUUCAUCUCUAAAGCAAAGAAACAUGGCUCUAAAUGCCUUGUCCACUGCAAGAUGGGGGUGAGUCGCUCGGCCUCCACCGUGAUUGCCUACGCAAUGAAGGAGUAUGGCUGGAAUCUGGACCGCGCCUAUGACUACGUGAAGGAGAGACGGACCGUGACCAAGCCCAACCCCAGCUUCAUGAGACAACUGGAAGAGUACCAGGGGAUCUUGCUGGCAAGCAAACAGCGGCAUAACAAACUCUGGAGAUCUCAUUCCGAUAGCGACCUCUCAGACCACCAUGAACCCAUCUGUAAACCUGGACUAGAACUCAACAAGAAGGAGAUCACCACCUCUGCAGACCAGAUCGCUGAGGUGAAGACUGUGGAGAGUCACCCACCCAUCCCUCCCGUCUUUGUGGAACACGUGGUCCCACAAGAUGCAAACCAGAAAGGCCUGUGUACCAAAGAUAGAAUGAUCUGCUUGGAGUUUACGUCUAGGGAAUUUCAUGCUGGACAGAUUGAAGAUGAAUUAAACUUAAAUGACAUCAAUGGAUGCUCAUCAGGGUGUUGUCUGAAUGAAUCAAAAUUCCCUCUUGACAACUGCCAUGCAUCCAAAGCCUUAAUCCAAUCUGGACAGACCCCAGAAAUGGCCAGCAAGUUCCCAGACUUAGCAGUGGAAGAUUUGGAGACAGAUGCGCUGAAAGGAGACAUGAACGUCCACUUACUGCCUCUGGAAGAACUGACAUCUCGGCUGAAAGACCUCCCCAUGUCCCCUGAUCCUGAGUCACCCAGCCCCCAACCCACUUGCCAGGCCGAAAUCUCAGAUUUCAGUACUGAUCGCAUCGAUUUUUUUAGUGCCCUGGAGAAGUUUGUAGAGCUCUCCCAAGAAACCCGCUGCCGGUCUUUUUCGCACUCCAGAAUGGAGGAACUGGGUGGAGGAAGGAGUGAAAGCUGUCGACUCUCAGUGGUAGAAGUGGCUCCUUGCGAAGUGACGGCUGAUGACCAGAGAAGCAGCUCGUUGAGUAAUACUCCCCAUGCGUCUGAAGAAUCUUCCAUGGAUGAGGAACAGUCAAAGGUAAUGUCCGAACUGGUCAGCCCAGAAAUCUUCACGCAGGCUCACUCAGAAAAUGCAAUUUCAGUCAAAGAAAUUGUCACUGAAAUUGAGUCCAUCAGUCAAGGAGUUGGACAGAUUCAGCUGAAAGGAGACAUCCUGUCCAACCCAUGCCACACACCAAAGAAGAACACCGCCCACGAGCUGCCCCUCGAGAGGGCCCACACCCCGGAGAGCAGACCUGGACACCUGGAGCAGGACGAGGGCUCCUGGGCAGCCCAGCCUGCACUAGCCAAAGACUCAGGGAAGUGUAAUCCAGAAGGCUGCCCCACCUCGCACCUGUCCACUGCAGACUUGGAAGAAGAGGAACCAGCUGAGGGGGAACAAGAGCUCUGGGGCCCAGGGAUGCACCCCGGUGCCAAGUGGUGCCCUGGGUCUGUGAGGCGAGCCACCCUGGAGUUUGAAGAGCGUUUGCGGCAGGAGCAAGAGCACCAUGGUACUGCCCCUGCUGGCGCUGCAUCGGCCACUCGCAAGAAUUCGAAGAACGAUUCUUCUGUGUCCGACCUGGCACCCAGAGGGAAAAAUGAUGAGCCCACCCCAGAACAUUCCUUUGUCCCCAAGGAGCCAGAGUUGAACAGGAGCAGGGGGAAAUGCACCGGGUCCGAGGCUGGCUCACUGCCCCAUCCUGAGCAGGCUGCCACCGUGCCAGCACCAGGGCUGCCGGAGUUCCACCCCUCGCCAGCUCCUCAGGAGUGCCCGGGGUCAGACCCUAGAACAAAGCAGGAAGGAGCCCCGAAGGAACAGAGGACUGUGAUUUCAUACCAGGGGUCUGACACACAGGCAGUCCCUCUGUCCCUUCCCAAGAGGAUAGAAAUCAUUGAGUAUACAGUCACAUCGCCCGAUCACACGGGGCCAGAGGGUGAAGCAGCCACCGGUGACAAGCACGGGGAGCAAGGACUGAGGAGGACGGAAGUGGAGAAGUGUGUCACUGUGCUCUGUGCCCUGGACGAAAAUCUGAACAGGACUCUGGACCUCAGCCAGGUCUCUCUGCACACCCAAGUGCUACCUCUGCCUCAUUCUCCCUCUCCUGGUCACAGCAGCUCUGCUGACCCGACACCCAGGCUGAGCAGCCCGGAAGACCGGGGCGACCAUCCAUCCACAGCCCCAGAGUCAGCAGCACCCUCUGUCAGUCGAACAACCCAUGUUCCGUCUGCCAACUUAGAUUACCUGCAUCCCCAGACCGUGGUUCACCUGGAGGGCUUCACAGAGCAAAGCAGCACCACAGACAGCGAGCCCUCUGCCGAGCAGCUUAGCUGGAAAGAAAGUCAGGCGGGUCCCCUUCCCAGUGGGGGUGAAGCGACACACAAGGGCUCCCAGUCACAUCAUGAAGGCCUGGGUUUAACUAGCAAGCUUGGUGACAAUACUGGGGAGUUACAGGAAAAAUCGGACCCAUUGCCUGUAGCCUGUCAACCCCCACAUAGCUGUAGUAGUGACAGCAUAGAAGGUCUCGCUCACAGCCCUGCCGUGAAGGAGCGCACUCAAGAAAUCGAGUCCCGCGUGAUGUUCCAGGCAGGGUUCACCAAGCCACCUCAAAUGAGGCGCUCAGCUUCUCUUGCCAAGUUAGGGUACUUGGACCUCUGCAAAGACUGUUUACCAGAGAAGGAGCCUGAAUGCCCUCAUCUCCAACUGCUUCAGCCCUUCAUCAGAACAGACUCAGGCAUGCACACCAUAGAGGCCCAGGACCCCCCUCAGAACCCAGAACCCACCAAGUAUUUUGUAGAGCACCUCAAAACAGCAGAGUGUAUCGCGCAGAGCAAGCCAGUGGAGAGGCCCCUCGUGCAGUAUGCCAAAGAAUUUGGUCACAGUCAGCAGCAGCAUUUGCUCCCCAGGGCAGGGCCUGAAUUGACUAGUUCUGAAGGAGGCCUUCCUUCGCCACAGACCCAGGGACUGUGGUGUGCAGGCCCUGCCCCAGGGCUGGCGGUGGGACCCCGUCAGCAACACGGCAGAACUCACCCACUUAGGAGACUAAAAAAGGCAAAUGAUAAAAAACGGACAAGCAACCCCUUCUAUAAUACCAUGUGAUUCUGAGCCUAUCCAUGUGACUUUCUAAAAGAAACGUUUGUAAAAGGGGCAGGUGUAAUAUGUAAGGAACAUGCACUUUAUUGGUUAAUUUUAUAUUUUGGUCAUUUUACUGUUCCUGGCGCAUGCAGGGUUUGGGUUUUUCAGUGUGUGUGUGCUUGUGUAUCUGCGAGGGGAGAGAGCGAAUGCGAGAUUGACUUGGACAGCAAGACCAUUUUAUCAUUUUUUAUUUUUAAAGAAUUCAAACCUCAAAAAACUCAUUUUCAAUGAACACCUUUAUCAAAGGCAAAUUGCUGUUUUUCAUUCAACUACCACCUGCUCCUCACUUUGCUCUCUGAGAAAAGGAAUGCUUGAUUGGGAAAAGGAGAAAGAAGGGCGGCUGGAGCGGAAGCCGGAUUUGGAAAUGCUCCCCUGGGCCUGGCUGAAGCAGGCCAUUUUGGACCUGAGGCUGAAGGGCGGCUGGGAGUUCAGCGGGGGCUCAGCCUUUAUCUCCUGGCCUGGCCCUUUGGAUUCCCUGAGCUGGGCAGGGUCUGCUUUGCUUUAAAAGGGGGCCUUCCAGAAUCCAUUUCUUGUGGUAUUCCAGAGUGUAUCAUUACAGAAAGGCAUGAGAGUGGCCUGGCUUUGUAGAUUUACUGAGCAAAUCCUAUUUUCCCCCAAAAAAAAUAAUUUUUGAAAUUGUAUUAAAAGGGAACCUCAAAUCAAAUCUGAGAGGUCUUCUACAGAGGAAAGCAUGGGAAUGAGAGGAGGACAUGAAGGUAGGGAUGGCGAAGCCACUGCCCAGAAACGUCUAGGUUGGUAGGACUCGUACGAGUGGUCCCCCUGGCCUGCCUUUCCCGAAAACGUGCCAUGCAGUGUCCUCCCAACUAAAAUACAAUAGUGACAAGUUUGAAAAACAGCAAUCAAAAGUCAAUGUGUUCUUGUAAAAUGAAGACUUAUGUAGGGUUUUAACCCUUCCAUUACUUGAAUAAUUCUGUGGGCCUUCUGAGUUUAAUGGCCUUUUUUUUCCUUUUCAAUUUCCUCCCCAGUGCUGUUUUUCCUGUGCUGCCUGUUAUUUUUUUUUAAUUUCAUAGAUUAUAUUGAAUCGUUACAUUACAUAUGUAUAACCUCCAUUGAGUGCAAAGUUUUCUAUAUUAUCACUGUUAACACUUGACAGAAGUUUUUUUGUUUUAUUUUCUUUUGUCCUUUUCUGGAAGAUUUGUUAUUUCUCUAAAGUUUAUACACAGUAUUUAUGUACAUAAUGUUGUCACUUUCUUACAAUGUUUUGUUUUUAAGGUUGUAGAGUCUCUUUGACUUAUUAUUUUUUUUUUUUAGGAAGGAGUAGAGUUGCAACUGGAAAAUACACAAAGACACCUGAAAUAAAACUCAUGGGUGUCAAUAGGAAUCUGCAGAGUAUAUUGACAGUAGUUUUAAUUUUUAAAGGGAGACUUCUAAUCACCAGCUCCUGCCAAAUUAUGCAUUAGUAACUUCCUUCUCAGAGAAACCCCAGGAGGCUCCCGUUAGAUCACAGGCCGAUUUCUCUUUGAGACUGCAAUCCCUGAAUCUCGUUUGCCAGGAGUUGAACCACAGCCAGGGAGUGUAGAUGUGUUGCCCAGAGUGGAAGCUUCUAAUGGAGGCUGAGAGGCCGCAGGGGAGGUCUCGGCCAAGGGCAAGUGCCCAUAAUGACUCCAUUUAGGAUGCUGUUGCUUUGCUUCUGUUGUGGGGAUCCUUAAUACAAGAGCAUCUGCCAUAAACAAGCCUCUUUCAGAGCACGUAUUUAGCCUGGAAUGAAACACCCUCCGCAGCUCAUCAAAACUGAAGAGGUUUGCAAAUUUGCUUCCUGUUUGCUUUGGUUGAUAUCCACAUUGCUGAGAAUGGACUGAGUACAGACUCGAGACAGGUUUUUGGUUCGUCACGGCACUGAGAGGAAAAAGACACAGGUGCAGACCGUCGAGAUGGUAUCAGAGGCCCAAGCCUGGUGGGGCAGGUAGGGUGACCCAAAGGAUACAGAAAAGGCGGACCGAGGCCUUUCGUAGUGCUCAAGAGGAGCUGUGAAUCCAGUUGCCGCAUGGGAGCCAUGGUCCGCCAUCACUGCCGGGAGGCGGAUUUAAAGUGUCUUUAUAGUAUAGUAGUUCUGUGUACCUGUGCUGGCCCUCAGUAGUUUCCCAGUGUGCACCUGUGUUACCCAUGCGCUUUGUGAUUCCCGACUAUUGACGUGUUGUGAAGUGUUCUGUUAGAUGGUAUGUGCCCGUGUAAGGAGGCUUGCUGAGACAGGCUUGUGGGUUUCCAGGCCUUAUCUAUCUAAACUGCCUGUCUUUUUGAAGCAGUUCUACCACCAAACAACAUGAUGGGGAAAGGACAGGAAACUGUGGCAGGGGUGGAGAGAAGAGGAUGUGCGUGGAGGUUAAGCGUGGCUUCCACUCAGUCACCUCUUGGGCUGGCGAUAUCCCCACACGUUGACGACACAAGCUGUUUCCACAGUGUUGCACUGCGCCCUCUUGUCUCCUGCCGCCGUGUUUAAUGCUCAUUCUCCCUGUUUAAAUAACAGCAAGGAGGAGGAAACCCUCUGAUGCUAUGGGGGGGGGAGGCUUUUUUUAAGGAGUGGAGGAAAAGUAGAGGAAAUAGUCUCAUUCUGCCUUCUUGAUUUUUUUAAUUACAUUUUUUUCUUUCUUAAUUUACCUUCCUAAAUAAACAUCAUCUACACAGGGUCUGCCAUUCAACCAUGCCAAGUGGUUUUGGUGGUUUUGCCAGCCCUCUCAAACCCCCCCAAUUAGGUGUUCUUGAUUUACUUACGUGGCUGUGCAUGUCCAGGGGAGGUGCAUAACGAGCUCUCAAGGACUUUUCAGACUUUCUUCUCUUCAGACUGUUCGAUAAUCUGCAAUGCCUGUGUCCCUGUCCUGGUCAUGGAAAACCCGGCCCUGGGACAGCAGGUGGUGGAUUGACAGAAAUGAACGGGAAAAACCUUGAGCUCUGGCCCAGUGCCUGCUUCCUUUCUUCCUCCCUCCCUUUCUCCUUUCCUUCCUUUCUUUCACCCACCAUAGUUUGAAUCUGAAUUACUCUGGACGUGAGAGAGAGAGAGUGUGUGUGUGUGUGUGUAUAAAACAGUUAACAUUUUGAUACCUGGGUAAGAGGCCCAGGAGCACGCGGGAUUUGAGCUGUACUGAUGACGACUUGGUCAGUAAGAGAGAAAGCUCAGGCCUCUCUUGAUUUUUGGAAAUGCUUAGUAAUAGUGUGCACUAGAGCAGACGCAUCAUGCCGUAGUGUAGGAAGACUCAUCUCUCGGCAUUUUGGUUGCCUUUCUGAUUCUAAAGGUUUGGGAUCAUUCCUAGCAUCUCAGCCUCAUCAGGCUCUGUAGCUAGUGUUUUCCUGGUUCUGUACCUUUAUCCCAGCUGGUAUUUCCCUCCUCCUCCUUUUGGGAACUACUGCAGCCUGAGGAUGA